CCGACGCACGGGAGUUACUUCAAUAACCUUGGCAAAAUAAACAACAGUAACAAGGGGAAAAAAUAAUCGGUCCCCAUCCCUCAAGGGAAAAUGGGUGGGAGAAGAACUGUAACUGUGGGAAGGAGGAGAGGAAGAACUGUACUCAAGGAGGCUGAAGAAAAGGCUCCGGAGCAAAAGCCUGAAAGCUUUGAUGCUUCUUCUGGGGGAAUGGAAAAGCAACCCGAAAAUGCAAGUCCUUUAGCAGAGACCAAGGAAUUGCCACUUGAAGACAUAAAUCCACUUAAAAGACAAGCAAAGUCUGUGACCUUGGCAAGGAAAAAAGUAAAGCAUGCUGCUUCUGCCACAAUAAGGCGAUCUCAAAGGUUGCAAAAUGCAGUUGUCCCUGCUCUAGACAAGGGAAUUGAACAAGUCAUUGACGGGAUAAGCAUCAGUGAAAGUGAGAAAGAAGAGGAUUCUACUAAUCAUGAAGAGGGUAAUGUAUCAGAACCAAGCUUGGUGCAGAAAAAUUUGGAAGAUAGAGUUUACUUAGUUGAACAACAAUUGGAAGCACUAAAACAGACAGUGGAGGAAUUAAAGUCUAAGCUAUUGAAGGAUUCUCAUACAACAGAAAGCUCAAGGGCAGCUGAUGUCAACUACGGAAGCCUGUACUCUGACUCUCAGAAGAAGAUUGAAGCCUUGACAGAUGAAAAUCAUGGGCUUGCCUUGAAGAUGGAGCAUGCUCGUGGCAAGCUUGAAGUGUAUGAGACCACUAGUGUUUUUUCUGAAGGGCUGAAGAUAUUGAAGGACGUGGUUGUGAUGUCAAACCUGGCAAGAGUGUCUUCUCAAGCAAUACUUGAUGCUUUAACUACAUCGGCCAAAGCUGGUGCGGAGACUAGAAGUGCCCCUAAGAAAAAGACACCUGGUACUAGAAAGGUAAGUAAAAGAAGUAUUCACUCAAUCACCACCUAAAAUCCGUGGUUUAGACCUUUUGGAUGUUGCUUUUGUAGUGAAGGUCUGUGUAAGUUGCUAACUCGGUCAACUCAGUGAGUUUGUAUUAGGGUUAUUAUUUGCUGACUUAUGUAUAUGUGCUACCUUAUCCUGACAUUAACUCUUCUCUUAAUGUAAGAUAAUUCUCGAGAGCAAAUUAGUGU